CACCGGUUUUCGGUCAAUAAAAACAUGCGAGUUACACGUGUUGACGGGAAUUAACACAGCGUGGCAAACCGGGCGUGGAGAUAAGGAAAGUUGGUGCGGUGUCCAGGAAGAAUUAACAAUGGUUCUAGGUUGUGUUUUACGAUCUGCGUUAAGAAAUGGCUGCAAGGUUCGAGUGGAGAACAUGGUGUACCCAGGGGUCCGUAAAAUGUCAAGUCAAUCAAAACCAAAGAAAACAACACAAUUAAAGAACAUGUUAAACUCCAAAGAACUGGAAUUCAUCAUGGAAGCCCACAACGGACUGAGCGCCAGGAUCGUGGAAGAAGCCGGUUUCAAGGGCAUCUGGGGAAGUGGUUUGUCCAUAUCAGCUCAGCUAGGUGUACGAGAUAGCAAUGAGGCUUCAUGGACGCAGGUUGUCGACGUCAUGGAAUUCAUGAGUGACGCAACAUCAAUCCCUAUUUUACUAGACGCCGACACCGGAUAUGGAAAUUUUAACAACGCGCGCAGGCUGGUGCGGAAAUUAGAGGACAGAGGUGUAGCAGGUGCGUGUUUAGAAGACAAAUUAUUUCCUAAAACAAAUUCACUGCAUGAUGGACGGGCACAGCCGUUAGCGGAUAUCGAAGAAUUCGCAUUAAAAAUAAAGGCAUGUAAAGACACCCAGACCGAUCCUGACUUUUGCAUUGUUGCCCGUGUAGAGGCGUUCAUUGCUGGCUGGGGAUUGGACGAAGCUUUGAAGCGAGCCGAAGCAUACCGGAAUGCAGGCGCUGAUGCCAUCUUAAUGCAUAGCAAGAAAAGUGAUCCUUCGGACAUUGAAGCUUUCAUGAAGGCCUGGAAUAAUCAGGGACCAGUAGUUAUAGUGCCUACAAAGUACUACAAAACUCCCACUCAGUACUUCCGUGAUUUGGGAGUUUCCAUGGUGAUAUGGGCCAAUCAUAAUCUACGUUCUUCCAUCACAGCUAUGCAGGGAACCACGGCAACCAUUUUCAAAGAACAAUCCCUCACAUCUAUAGAGCAGAAUGUUGCCACGGUGAAAGAGGUUUUCCGUCUACAGAGAGACGAUGAGCUGGUGUCGGCAGAAGAUCAGUAUUUACCUAAAAACUAGGUCAUCUCCUCUUAAAAGGCAGCAGAACUGGUCUUGUAUUCAAGACGAGUAAUUCUCAUUUCACAUGAAAAAGCUAAUUACUUAUGACUUGACUUUAAAAAGUCGCCGUUGUUAAAUACGAUCUAAUUGUGGUAUGGAACACCUGUCUAUAUUGAUGUAGACAAAAGUACAUUAUAAUCAAAAUACUUGCACCGUUUUAGAAUUUUCAAAUUUUACAAUAUAUGAUAAAAAAAAUAUGUUUAAAAAUGUUUGAAAACGAUAAAAAUAUAAAAGAUAAAAAUAUUACAGAUUCAUGGCAAUCGCCGAAACCCAUUACGUUACGCUGAUAUGUAACAAUUUUGGAGGUAAACAAUUGUACGCUGUUAUACUUGAUUUUAUUGUUUAUUUGGAUUGGAAUUACGUCACAACAUGGAAGUGUCCCAUACCACCUUAACUGGAUCAAUUUGUCUCUUUGUUGCGAGUACCCGGCUUAUAACUUUAGUUUUACGGAAUCGUACAAUUAUUGUGUUGUCAACUUUACAAUGGAAUCCUGUGGUUGUGUACACGUAUUCAGGGUAUUGUGUUUUCACGUCCAUGACAUUUUAUUUGCCCACUUUCUUCUCAAUCAGUUCCACUUUGAAAGUUGAAUCUCGUGAAUGAAAUAUAUCUUUAACUUCACUUCUGAAUCUCAUGCUAAUUUUCAAAUAUUUUAAAGUAAUCUCAAGCAGGCGCCUUCUUGCAUCGUAGAAGUAUUAUUUGUAUUUUAUUUAUAUCGUAUCAUUUAUAUCUUUUGUAUAAAUGGCGGAAUACUAUUUGUGUACGUCUUAUUAUUAAAGAACUAUUUAUUAAGUUGUUUUCAUGUAUUUUGUUAUUUACAUAUAUGCAAGGACCAGACACUUUAUACAAAAAUCAAUAAGUACUGUCAAUUGAAAUAAAUGAAAUCCAGUAA